AUGUCCAACAUAACAUCAUAUGUCUCCUCGGUGGAUGCGGGCGGCUCCAACAUAUUUUACCGCUAUGCUGCGCCUGCCAACGAGCCUGAAGGCACAAUCCUACUGCUCCACGGAUUUCCGUCUUCCUCUCACCAGUUUCGGAACCUUAUACCUCGACUAGCUGGUCGUGGUUACAAGGUCAUUGCGCCUGAUCUGCCAGGGUACGGCUUCACCACCGUCCCUGACGGCUACAACUAUACCUUUGCCGACAUCGCCGCAACCAUAGAGCUUUUCGUGUCUGCGCUUCUGCUCCAGAAAUUCGCAAUUUAUAUCUUCGACUAUGGCGCCCCAACUGGGCUUCGAUAUGCUCUAAACAAUCCCGACAAUGUUGCGGCCAUCAUAAGUCAGAACGGAAAUGCCUACGUUGAGGGUUUUGGAACCAAGUUCUGGGCUCCGAUCAGGAAGUAUUGGGAGACCGGGUCUACUGAGGAUCGCAACGCACUCCAGAGCGCCCUUGAGCUUGAUUCCAUCACCUGGCAGUAUACCAAUGGCUCGCCCCAUCCGGAGAAGAUCCAACCCGAGAGCUACUGGCUGGACCAUGCACUAGUGGAGCGCGAGGGGAACCGAGACAUCCAGCUGGAUCUGCUCUACGAUUACCGCAAGAAUAUUGACCUCUAUCCUGCUUUCCAGGAAUAUUUUCGAACUUCCAAGGUGCCUGUUCUUGCCAUUUGGGGUAAGAAUGACGAGAUUUUCAUUCCACCCGGGGCUAAGGCGUUCAAGAAGGAUGUGAAGAAUCUCGAAUUGCACCUCAUUGACGCUGGACAUUUUGCCAUCGAGACCAACGAAGACUACUUUGCCAACGAGAUUGACGACUUUCUUCGAAAAGGCGACAUUUUUGGCUAA